AUGCGCGUGAUGAGUUCAGCAAAUGGUAAAUGGCAGCUAAAACCUCAGGAAAAUGCACAUACGGAUAUCGUGCUCCUGGGACAUAGUAUGGGUGGACUCUUAGCAGCCGAAGUUGUUCUUCAACCAGCUGGCACAGUUUUUGAGCACUCUUUCCGUCAUCGGAUUCUUGGAACUUUGAACUUUGAUACGCCGUUCCUUGGAAUGCACUUGGGCAUGAUAAGAAGCGGUAUCGCCAGUUUCUUUCGACCAGCGCCAGAACCUCAAAGCUUUCAAAACCAUCCUGCAAGCGAGCAACUUAUUUAUAACACUUCUGGGGUGCUUUCUUCUUCUACUCCUUCCCUUCUAAGCCACGAGACCCCCAAAAGAGUCAGUACACCGGGCGUCUCCACGUCCUCGAUAUCCCCUUCGGUCCACUCACUACCAAUCUCCGAUCCAGACUACAACCCACCCUUCCAAAACGAUAUCCGCAGACCAGUAAGAACAGGUUUUGACAGAUUCAUCUACUUCUCCAACAAGCAUUCCGGUGCUCUUCGGUCGGCGACAAAAGAGUACUUUAUCUCGCAUCUUGAAUUUGGCGGAUGUCUAGGCGAUUUCAGAGGUCUGAAGAGACAGUAUGCUAGGAUUCGUGGCUUAGAAGACGUCGCAACUGCAUUUAAAACUGCCGAUCCGAGGCUACGAUUUCUGAAUAUCUAUACCGCUAGUACUGGUAGAAUCAAGAGAAAGAAACACUCUCGUAGCAGCGAUACUAGCACUCAAACUCUACCAUCACAGGCCGCCAUCCCAACCUACCUCCAGCAACCUUCAACGCCAACAAACCACAAUCCUAAACCCAUCCGUGAUAAAAUCUUUUGCAUCCAACCCAGCACAGUAGAUGGGAAGCCGGAUCCAUGUUGGCCUCGGAUCUUCAUGGAGGGAGUAGAUGAAAUAGACGCACAUUGCGGAUUAUUCUUUCCAGGAAAGCAUUAUGAGGGACUCUUGGAGUUGGUGGUUGGGAGAUUGGAAUCCUGGGUUGUGCAGAAUAGCGUUGGAGGUGAGGGUGCGUAG